AUGAGUUAUAACAUCUUAAAAGUUAAUGAAAGUGUUACACAAGAUGAUUCAAUAGUGAGCUAUCAGUAUCACACUCACCAACCCUAUUCAUCUACAACCUUGAACAACAACGAUGAAAUUAGAAUCCCAAUACAAACUCAAGAUCUGUAUACUUUACCAAGUCAGAGUUACCUCUAUAUUGAAGGAAAAUUAACAAAAUCUGACAACACAGCAAGUGCUGAUGUACAAUUUGUGAAUAAUGGUGUUGCUUUUUUGUUUGAUGAAAUUCGCUAUGAAAUGGGAGGAGUAAUUGUUGAUAGAGUUAGAAAUCCUGGAGUUACAUCAACUAUGAAAGGUUAUAUUUCAUUUACUCCUACAGAGGCUAACGGUUUACAUAACGCCGGGUGGCAUGAUACAAAGAAUCCAUCAUUAAUCGAUGGCAAUGGAAAUUUUAAUGUUUGCAUACCAUUGAAAAUGCUGAUGGGUUUUGCUGAAGACUAUCAUAAAAUUGUAAUGAAUGUAAAACAAGAACUAGUCCUCAUACGAAAUAAUUCUGAUUUUAAUGCCAUUCAUUCAGCUAAUGAAACAAAGGAUAGCUAUAAGAUCACUUUGAAUAAAGUGUUGUGGAAAAUGCCUCAUAUAUCAGUUAAUGAUAGUCAAAAAUUACGAUUACUAAAAAAUUUUGAAAACAACAGAGAUUUACCGAUUGCCUUUAGGAGUUGGGAACUGCAUGAAUAUCCAGAAUUGCAACAAACUAAAAACCAUACAUGGGCUGUUAAAUCGAGUAAUCAGUUGGAAAAACCUCGUUAUAUUAUUAUUGGAUUUCAAACAGAUGUAAAAAAUCAUAUAACAAAAAAUAUGAGUCGAUUUCAACACUGUAACUUGACCAAUUUAAAAGUAUAUUUAAACUCAGAAGUAUAUCCUUAUGACAAUUUAAAUAUAGAUUUUACUAAUAAUAGAUAUGCAGUCCUAUAUGAAAUGUAUACUCAGUUCCAAAAAUCAUACUACUAUAAAGCGUUUAGUGAACCAACCUACUAUCCCAUUCUAUUCAAGAACAAUGCCCCUCUGGUGGUCAUUGAUUGUUCACGUCAAGGAGAGGAUAUUUUAAAGGGUGGUGCAGUCGAUAUUCGUAUUGAGUUUGAAACAAGUGAAGCAAUCCCUGCCAAGACUACUGCAUAUUGUCUAAUUUUACAUGAUAAAUUAGUAAAGUACAACCCAUUAACUAGUACCAUAAGAGUACUCUAA